CAUUUAUUACUUAUUUAGGAUGUUUCAACUCUUUUUCUCCUUGCGUUUCUCCCAUUCUCCAGCUCCCGUUUGCUGUCUUGACCAUGUCCACUUCUGCUGUCGCUCCUGCUUUCAACCGCCGAGUCGUGGAAAUAGCCAGCAUGCUCUCUCUACAAGCUCCUGGCGCGAACGCUCAUUUUGAUAUGCUGGAGGAGUGGGGGCGUGAUGUUGCACUUUUUUUCACUUGGCUCCAUACCAAAGAACACAAGGAACCAUUCACACUCACAGCAGUCUCCAACCUCCGCACGACUUUCCAAGAUCAAGUGGACACGCACCGACACCUUUCUUGGCUGUCUUGGGGCCGCCUCUGGCUUCCUCUCACUGUCGAGGCUUCAAGAGCAGCACUGCGGGCUCUCAUCGUGGAACUUGAUAUCGAGGAUCCUCUCGCUAGCCACCAGCAGUCACCACCUGCUGUUGCCACUGUGCCCGAACUGUCUAACAACAGCAAAGGUAAAGAUCGGGCUACGCCCCCUGCUGCUGAUCACAGCCCGGAUCCCGCCCCUCCUACCGAUGAGAACGACGAUCCUCAAGACUCGACAGAUUCUGCUAGUUCAGACGACGGGGGAAGAAACAAGGAGAUUCCUGCUCGCACUUCCACACCUCGGGCUAAACGUCCUCGAGAGCCAUCACCGCAAGUCGACGCAAGGCCUUCUAACGACCAAACGCAUUCUUCGCCCGCGAGCCGUUCGUCCAAACGGCCUCGACUGUCGGGUUUCCGCACGCUCAGGCUUUCCCACAAAGGUCGCUCUAGUGGCGAGCUGAUGCAUCACUAUGACUUGCGAGACCCUUGCGAGGUCGCGCAUAAAUGCAAGAGAUGCACAGCAAAGCCCUCAGCGAAGCCCUGCGUCACAAUACUUCGUCAAAAUACACAGACUAGCCAGUAUGUGCUGUCUGAGCGCUGCUUGCGCUGCCUUCUAGAGAAGCGCAGGUGCGAGUGGCCCGCUGGUGCUGUUGUAAAGAACACUGAGCGCCGUGUGCGCGUCAAGUCAGGACAUUCGUUGCUCACCGAGGACUUGUCGGUUGCUCCAAAGGGGCUGGAGUCAGUCUUGGGUCAGUCAAGCGCCUCUGCCCACCAGGUAGUUAGCAAUUUGGCGCAUAGGAACACGGUGAAGGCAACUUCUUCGACUGGGCCUGCACCAGGCCCUUCUUCAGCUACUGCGACAAAGCGGGCGAAACAUACCUCACACAGUCUCCCACAACUGCCGACGUUGAAGGCCGAGGACGACCUCGAUGCCAUUGAUGUCCAUGCUUGCCCAUAUUUCAAGCCUGAGGCAAUCGAUGUCAAAAUACAGUCAUUGACCGUCAUUUGAGUUCGAAAUUUUCGGAAGUCUACCACAACACAACCUGACACAAUCUCGAAAAUCGCUUUCGGGGAUGUCACGAUAGAUAGCUAAUCUACUUCGAACAAAAUUUUGAAGAACAUCAAACGAGAUGUUAUUCCGCAAUGAAAAGUGCAUAAAUCUUGGUGUUAU